AUGGCAUCCGUGCCACUUGAGGACAAGAAUGACUACCUUAAGUUUGUCCUGCCUGAUUUCAAGCACUGGGAAAGUGUAAUCAGCAAAAUAACUCCCAUAUCUGGAAAAGCACGGAGGUACAUUGUGUCACAACUCUUUCAAGAGUGCUUUAGGAUAACCUGGUAUCCAUCGCAGCGCCUCUACCGGUGUUCUGUGGACUUGCUACUGAAAAAAUACCCUCACCUCAGGGACUGCUCAGAUGAAGAUGGACAGGCUUGGAUUGAGCAGCUCUCCAACAAAUUCAGAAAUAUGAGAAGUAAAGCAUCUACAGCAGCUGUGAAAAUCCAGGAGAUGCAAGACAAGUUCGGCACAAAACGUCCGAACACUCAGGCUCAGCAACGCAACAAAAAGCUGUGUCGUUUGCACAACCAAGAGCACCUGAUCGUGUAUGGGGAGACUGAGGAAUCACUUGCCAAACAUCAACAAUUGCUGGCUAUUACGUCCAGUACGUCCGUUGACCCUGCUCACUACCGGGAGCGGCUCCUGGCCACAGCAAAAGAAAGACAUGAGUCGCCUAUGACCAUGACCCUGACAGAUGCGCUCUUGAUGUUUCCGUUUCUUGCCUCGGAAACUGCUCUGCUGAUGGAAUUUGAGAUCCUGUGGAAACGGGAUCUGAAAAAGCUUCCUGAGGUUGGCCAGAACACAGUCUGCACAAUAAUAAUGAGGUUUGGAAAGGAGGGGGAACUCGUAUCAUUAUCAGAGACAUUUUCAGGUGAUGGAGUCGUCGCAGGCUUGCAGUGUAUCGCACAGAGAUGCUCCGAAAAGUUACAAAUAUUAACUGAGGGGUCUCCCUCUCUUGCACCCUGCUUGGUGCAGACGACCGACGAGAUCAACCUCUACGUUGAUGGCCAAUGUCUCUUCAAGGUUUUAUCAAUCCUAACGGGAGUUUGCUGCAUCUUCGCAGCUUUCUGGGUAUUCAAUAUUAGAUGCCCAAAAGAGUGGCGUAACACACUUACUUUUUUGGAGCAUGCCUUGUUCGGCCUGAGUGAGACAAAACCAGCCACGAAGUGUCGAGAUUUGCUGAACUUUUACAUGUUCUAUGAAAAGAAUGUCUAA